CUGUGAGCUGACUGGUUUUCCGAGAACGACCGAGGGCGAAAUCGGAACCACCCGGACUCUUAGCUUGCAUAAGUUCCGAGUGAAUCAGUCGGUAAACAGCGAUACCCGUUCAAGGUGUUUCUUGCCACAGGUCUGCAUGAGGCUAGCCGUGAUAAGGAUGAGGUGUGUCCGAGCAGUCACGUGUUUCCUGCUGUCAAUCAUUUCAGCGAGGGGCGUGGUUUCAGAAUGCCUGAUGACAGAUGACGAGUGCGUAUUUCACCUCACCAUUGAACACCGCCUGACCAUGAUGAAAGACAACAUGGCUGUUUUCCCCUCUGGUCGGAAAUUGUAUAAGUAUGACGUCACAAACACGUCAGAAGCAACCCCUAUGACACCGGAAGGAAUAAUCCAAGCCGACGGCUAUGAGCCACAGCGCUUGGUCACAGUUGCUAACGGUACCAUGCCUGGACCAGCCAUUGUCGUCUAUGAAGAUCAAACGGUCAUUGUACAUGUACAAAAUGAGCUUUAUAACGAGGGCGUAUCAAUCCAUUGGCACGGUCUCCAUCAAAAAGGCACCCCGUUUAUGGACGGAGUAUCGUUCAUUACCCAGUGUCCAAUUCUCCCGGGUCAGUCGUUCACCUACAAGUUCAAGGCCAAACCCAAGGGUACUUUCUGGUAUCAUUCUCACAAUGGAAACCAGAGGACCAUGGGCCUUCUAGGUCCGCUGAUUAUCAAAGAGAAGAAAGCAUCGACGAUGGAAGAAAUGGUAAUGGUGCUACAAGACUGGAACCACGACGACUCAACGACCGUGCACUUAAAGAUGAAUUUCGGUGGAUUCGAGGAACGAAAACCUCUUGAAACAACAGAUGCUCUCGAUGGGUCCCAUUUCAGCCGGUAUUUUAUGACAAGUGGUCUUAUCAACGGCAAGGGCCGUCUCUAUGAUAAGUUCCGGCGUCAUAAUGACGCACCGCUAUCUUUUUUCACAGUGAGACCAAAUCAACUGUACAGGUUCCGGGUCAUCGCCGCUGGCCACCUCUACCCAUUCCGGGUGUCCGUGCACGGUCACGAACUGACCAUUGUGGCGUCCGACGGGUAUGACCUACGUCCAGAAGUCGCAGAGUCCUUCAUCAUCAACCCCGGUGAGAGAAUCGACUUCAUCCUCAACACCACGAACGCAGUGGACAACUACUGGAUUCAGGCACAGACCAUUGAGAAAGGUGUGGACCACAGAGCUGAAGCCAUCCUCAGAUACGAAGGAGCGCCUGAUGCAGAACCAACUUCAUUCAGGAGAACAUGCUCGGAAGCUGAUACGUGUCGCGUCAUCAACAGCCCUUUCACCUACUACCCAAUAGUUAACACUGAAACAGUCAGGUUCGACCAGCUCAAAUCUUUGUCUAAUGAUGACCCCGCUCCUCCGGUGACCUCUGGGAAGUUCAAAGAACACUUCCUCAACUUUGCUUUCCCCGGCUAUACACAUUACCCAGGUCAAGUCAAUGGACAUAAAUUCAAGAUGCCUAAUGUCGCGGGUCUGACCCAAAUGAAUGAGAUUGAUACAUCAUGCGACAAAGUAGACUGCGGGUUUAACAAGACCUGUCACUGUACAUAUACCCUUAACCUUACAUACGGAGACACUGUUCAGAUGGUUCUCCUGAACAUGGGCAACGGGAAGGGUUGGUCUCAUCCGAUUCAUCUCCACGGCCAUUCCUUCUACGUGCUUAAGAUGGGCUAUGCCAUACAAAAUAACUCCACUUAUCAAAUCGAAGGAAGUAACAUGGACAUAAGCUGUAACGGGGAUCCUUUUUGUAAUGCUCCUACAUUUGAAAACUCAUCGUGGACGGGGGAUAACAUACCUGGCCUGGAGCUGAAGAACCCACCGCGGAAGGAUACCAUUAUAGUGCCAACUGGUGGUUAUGUGGUUGUGAGAAUCCGCGCUGACAAUCCUGGACUGUGGUUCAUGCAUUGCCACAUUGAGAUGCACAACGCUGACGGGAUGGCGAUGAUGAUCAACGAGGCUCAGGACCAUCAUCCCUCUCCGCCAAAGAACUGGCCGCAAUGCUCAGGAUUUGGCCCGGAAGUGAUAUAUGAGCCAAAGACUAAUGGAUCAGACAAAGACAAUGAAGCAGACAAGACAAAAUCCAUCCUAACGGUACGCCAUGACGUGUUCUGGACUGUGGUCGGCUGCCUGAUCGGGGUGUGCGCCCUUCAGUUCCUCAUCCUGCUGUGCAUCUGCUGCCGGCGAUGCGAGGGGUCGGGCCGGGAGAAAUACAGCAUGGAGAAAACCCCUGACCCCAAAGUAAACCACGCCUAUGAUAAUAUAGAGGGCGACCUGAACAGUAAACAAAAAUUUUGAAUCAUAUUGUCAGAUACAUAUGCACUGUUAAACUAUCUAAACUUAUUUUAAGAAUAUAAUUUUAAGAAAUCAUGGAAUACACUGGUGUGACGGGAUUAUUUUAAGUAUAUGCACCACUUUGUAGCUGGAAUUUAGGGUGCCCUCUAUCGUGUAUGUAUUACCAUCAAAUCACCUGGAAGAAGGGUGUGGGUGCAGUUUGCCUUCAUGUUACAGUUCCUAACACGCAGUAUCACGUACUUGUUCUUGACCGGCGGGGUAUGUGACGCCCUGAAUGCAUCAGUGCAGCAUUGUACCCGGAUGUCCUUGUUCCCAGCACGCAGAGUCACGUACCAAUAAUGUAACUGGCCUGGCUUUGACAGUGCAAAUUAAUACCCAAAUGUUCCUUGCUCUCAUCGUCACGUACAUUCGCUUCACCGGCGGGCAAUGUGACUGGCCUGACUUCCUCAGUGCACAAACAGAUGUAACCGGAUGUCACAAUUCCAUGUUCGCAGUGUCACGUACUAUAUGCACUUGCUCUAGAUGGGUGCAGUGGGUAUCUGGUCAUUGUUGGUAUGUGACCGGUCUGAGUGCAUCAGUGCAGCAUUUUAUCCAGAUGUCAUAUAUGUAUAUAUAUAUAUAUAUAUAGUUCCAUGUUAGCAGUGUCACGUACUAUAUACUGUACGUACCUGCACUAGACUGGUGCAGUGGUCAUCCGGUCAUCGCUGACAGAAGUGUACAACCUAAAUCCCGUCCAUUUUCUCCCAGUGACAAUAAACUAACACUGGCGUUUACUAACCUUGACAAUCGAGCAUGAAACAAUUCCAAGCAAAUGUGGCAGAAGUUUGUGUGUUAGUGAAUGAAUUAUAUGUACAAUUAUAGCGUGACAUUUUCUUUUUAUGAUGGCACGGAGGGGCCAUUGGUCCGACCAUUUCAGGAACCGGUCAUAACACAUUCUAGUGAUGACGUGGAAAUAUCAUUUUCAAGACAUACAAUUUCUUUGUCUGAAAUGUGGUUCCGAUCAAAUGAACAAUGGUUUUACUCCCCGCCCCCACAAAAGGAAAGGCUCUGUCUGUUACAUAGGAGUCGAAAUGUCGUAUCGCAAUAUCGCUGUGACACGUCGCACCUUUGAUGUCCGCAUAUUGGAACAUAUGGCUUUUAACAUUUAUAACAAUUAAGCCAUUCAUCAUGUCAAAUAUAUUAUAUAAGUGGCCAUCUCUUUUCGUUUUAUCGAACUUAUUUUUAAUAUUCCAAUGUUUAGUUUAAAUUUUACUUGAUGUUAGAUACAUGCAGUAAAACUGUUGCGAAAUUGGAUGUCUACAAACCCUUGAAUGAACACUCCAACAUUAUGUCACACGAUGUACAUACAAGAUAACAUAAGAUAACACUUUACUAUCCCGAAGGAAAUUCGGGUUACAUCAGCGCAAGGUCCCCAGCCUAUUAAUAAACGCACAUACAAAUAAGUAAGAACAUCCCAAACGUAAUUAACAUGUGGCACAACCGAAUAAAUGCUCAACAAAUUAUUUGUCACAAAAGCUAUAAUAAAACCUGGUACUAUUUGCUAUGAAUGGAUUCCCCGCUCUGUUGGUUCUCAACAUCGGCAACCGAUGGUAUUACAGUGAAGCCAUAUUAGAAUAAAACCAGAUUAAAUGAGUGAGUCAGUGAGCGGAAUCAAAGAUAAGUUUGUGGAUUGACAAAUUUGUCGUCAGUACUUUACGGACGUGUAUACAAUACGCUUGGCCUGGUUCAAGAGUGGGGGCUUGGUUGAUGCAUGUCAUCGUAUCCCAAUUGCGUGGAUCGAUGCUCAUGAUGUCAAUCACUGGAUAGUCUGGUCCAGAUUCGAUUAUUUACAGACCGCCGUCAUAUAGCUGGAAUAUUACUGAGUGCGGCGUUAAACAACAAACAAACAAACAAGAGAGAGAGAGGGGGGAAACCUACGAGUGGCCAAUCAGCGCUCUGAUUACACCGGUUAUUUUAUAGUGUGCAGUCUUCUACUCCACACAUUGUUUCAAUAUCAGGCUACGGUAGGGUUCGCUCAAAGUUCGUGCACGGAGUAUGGCUCAUUUAACUUCCGUGAGUUAUGCAAGACCACGUUUCAUUAGCUGACUGAAGACAGACACAUGCACAGCAGCCACGUGUAUUACGGGUGAUGGAGUAACGUCGUGCAUGCGAAUGUGUAACGAGUCCCGGUGUCCUAUCUUCCAUUCAGAAGACAAAUCAUGGAAUCCUGUUUCUGUCCCUGUAUACUUAUUUAACUAUAUAAACAUCACUUAUUUUUUUAUAAAACCAUUUUAAUA